CGUUAAUACUUUACUAACUAUAACUGAUUCACAAUGCCUGCUUCAUUUUCUCAAGAAAUCGCCGCUGAACUUGCUGCAACAGCCAAAGCUUUAGCUACUCCUGGAAAGGGUAUUUUAGCAGCUGAUGAGUCAACGGGGACAAUUGGAAAGCGUUUUCAAAGCAUUAAGCUAGAAAAUAAUCAGCCCAAUAGAGCUGCUUAUCGUGAAUUACUUUUCACUACUAAGGGCCUUGGAAAAUAUAUUUCUGGAGCUAUUCUCUAUGAAGAAACUUUAUACGAUAAUGGACCAACGACCAAAAAAUCUAUGGUUGAGCUUCUUAAAGCAGAAGGAAUUAUUCCGGGAAUCAAGGUCGAUUUAGGAGUUGUUUCUUUACCAGGAACUGAUGACGAAAAAGCAACACAAGGUCUAGAUAAACUUGGAGAGAGAUGUGCUAAAUAUUAUCAAGCAGGAGCACGUUUUGCUAAAUGGAGAGCAGUUUUAAGCAUUGACACAAAAAAGAAUAAACCAUCUCUUUUAUCCAUAACAGAAACUGCACAUUCUUUAGCUCGCUAUGCUGCUAUAUGUCAAGAGCAACGUUUGGUUCCAAUUGUAGAACCAGAAAUAUUAGCUGAUGGACCUCACACAAUUGAAGAGUGCGCAAGGGCCACUGAGGAAGUUUUAGCUGCUGUAUUUCACGCUUUAAACCAGCAUCAUGUUCUGUUAGAAGGCUGUGUAUUAAAACCCAAUAUGGUAACUAGCGGAUAUGAAUGCUCUACUCAAGCCAAACCAGAAGAAGUAGCUUUUUAUACUGUUCGUACAUUAAGUCGAACUGUUCCUUGUGCUCUACCAGGUGUCUUCUUCCUUAGUGGAGGUCAAUCAGAGGAAUCAGCAACACUCAAUUUGAACGCUAUGAAUAAAAUCAGCAAGCUCCCAUGCAAACUUUCAUUCUCUUAUGGACGUGCUCUUCAAGCUUCGUGUAUCAAAUCUUGGGAAGGUAAAUCAGAAAAUUUAUCCAAAGCUCAAAAUGUUCUAUUAACUAGAGCAAAAGCUAAUGGAGAAGCUCAAUUAGGCAAAUAUGAAGGAGGUGCUGCCAGUGCUUCAGAAACUCAAAGUUUAUAUGAGAAAAAAUAUGUAUAUUGAUUUAAUAGAGUAAAAAAUUACUCAUCUGAUUAUAGAAUUUUUUUUAUUGCAAUUUUAAAUAAAUCUGUAUUUAUAUG